AUGAUCGGCGAGGUGAUGAACCACGUUACCGAGGAGGAUAAGGUUAUACAAGAGAGCGGAGAUAAAGACGACGCCCAGCAGGCUCAUAUCUCUAAUGAUGAGGCUGAUCUUCCGCUGUCUAAAUUUGAGCAGGGAAGCACUCAGAUGCGUACAUCAGUGAGAGCCCGAAAGCGUCUAAGACAAGAUGACGAGAAUUGGGCGUAUUAUUAG